AUGGCAGCGGCCAAAACGCCACAAUCGAAAAACGUCGACAUUCUCUUCCCAGCCCUGCACGAAAUGGACUUGAACAACUUGGAAGGAAGUGUCAUAAGUGCCGAUGCCACAGCCACCACAAUUCAGAUUGACUGCCGAUCUAGCGCAACCAACCAAUGCACCUCUUCCGCCUAUAUCUUGCCCCAGACUCUCACUGCCGGUCCCUCCUUCCAGGACUAUCAUUACGACAUCACCAGCUUUUGGAAUAGCACUAUAUUUAUCGUCACCGGGACACUAGACUGCAACAUGACCCAGUCUACACUCGGUGCCUCUUGCUAUUUUUCUACUAGCACAUGGAUCUCCAGUGGAACGAAAAAUUACUCCUCGGCAUAUACCAUGACCGCCUCGAUAUCUUCAAUGAACCUGAAGUAUAAUACCUUGGCAGUUCCAUCGGGGCUGGAGAACCUUCCCACCGAAACUGCUGCAACGAAUGCCUCCCCUGGUCAUACGGGGACGUCAACGUCCGCACCAACAAAAACCGCUGUAACAACCUCGGAACAUCAGUCGUCCCCGUCCUCAAAGGCCUGGAUUGCAGGCCCAGUGGUUGGCGUCGUGGCUGGCUUGGCUUUGGUUGCGGCAGUGGUGUUUUGGUUGGUGAGUCGCAGGCGUAAGAGCAAGACAGAUCCCGUGCAAUGGAAUCCAAUAGAGGGAACAUCAAAGGUCUCGGAGUACCCCGUAUGUCUACCAGCGCAGAAUUCUCAGGUUGGAGAACUUCCAGCGAAGAGUGUACCGGCAGAGUUAUCAAGUCGACACAACCCCCAUGAGAUGGAGUGA